AAGCCACGGUGUCACAAAACAGAAAGUUGGCAUUGAAUUUACGCAAUGUCCACAAGUAAAGGCAACCAUUGACUGUUUGCUCUACGAAUGUAGUAGUGAAUCGGUGGAUGAUGUGGAGCGAACGGUGCAAGAGCUGGUGGAGAGGAUUUCGCUGAUCCAUGAGAUUCUGAGCCUUUGUGAGGAGGCAUUCAGUAUUUGCAUACAAAGGUUUCCGCAUUUCAAAUCGUAUUACCGACUUUCGCAACUGGCACUUUAUAAAGGAGAUACCAGGGAAGCAUCAAAUUAUUUGUUAAGUCGUUUUCUGACAAGGAAGAAAGCGAACUUCAAUCCGGACAAUAUAUUUGAGACAGUGAUAACGAUGUUUUGCAAGGAUAUCGAUCGGGGUGACGCACUCCAGUAUCAUCUGGCGCGUAUUUCAAUGCUAGCCAUUCGUAUCUCAGCUCUUCUGGAGGAUUACGAUGCUCUCGUUACACUGAUUCAUACGUUUUGCACAUUGGAUUUUUGCAAUAACAAGUGA